AUGGACUAUGAAAUUGCGGCCAUUCUCAUCAGCUUCGACAAACAUUCCGAAUGGCAGUCGAAAGAGGUGAAAACGAGGCCAAAAAGUGGUUCGAUGUUGCUCUACUCACGAAAGAAGGUUCGCUACCGGCGCGACGGCUAUUGUUGGAAAAAGCGAAAAGAUGGCAAGACAACCCGCGAAGACCACAUGAAGCUUAAGGUGCAAGGCACUGAGUGCAUUUACGGUUGCUACGUACAUUCGGCCAUCCUACCAACCUUCCACCGGCGGUGCUAUUGGCUGCUUCAAAAUCCAGACAUUGUCCUCGUCCACUAUCUGAACGUCCCCUAUCCGGACGACAACAAGAUGGCGGUCAUCACUCCGAACCUGGCCCUGUGGGGCGACAAGAAGGAGUGGACCAAAGAGGAACUGGUCAGUCAACUCAAACCGAUGUUUUUCAGCGAAGACGAACCGGAUGCGACGAACGAGAUCGAGAUUUCCACGGCCGAAACGGUGGAAGCGAUCGUGAGUCAGCUGAUGGAGAAACAACGGAUGGCACGGCAGUCGGCCCUGGUGAAGCAGCUCGAGUGUGGUUGUCCGGAUGCGAACUGUGUCGAUGGAAAGAGUUGUUCCCAUCCGAUGAGGAGGAUCAGUGCGGCCAAAAGUGAACUGGGCAAACGGCCCGAUGGAGGACAUCUCGCGGGAACGGCGCCGAACGUGUUGAUUGGAUCGAGGAUGUAUCCCCGUUGGAUCGACAGUCGGCGUGCACGGGAAGCACAACUCCAACAGUCCCACGGCAAUAGUCUCCUGGACGGCAACAGCAACGGCAACCGAUCCUCCAUCGCUCCGAAGGACAACACUUCGAUACAUUUCCAAGUCAUUCCUACCUCUCAGCAACUGAACCACUCCAACAGCAACAGCAACAACAAUCCAAAUUCAAUUAGAACAAUUGCUGGCAAUCACCCUCAUCAUCAGCAGCAGCAGCAGCAGCAGUCUUCGUCGGUAGUGGUCAGCAGCAGUAGUAGUAAUUUAACCCUCACCCAGCAUCUCAACUCGUUGAACAACAAUAACAGUAACUCACAAUUAACAAGUGUCAGUAGUCAUAUUACAAACGGACUGGUGGCCAGUGCCCAGCAUUUGGCUGCGGCCCAGCAGCAGCAGCAGCAUCGGAGUCAUAUGAUCAUCGCUAGCAAUAAUUCGUCGUCCUCACCUUCGUCCGCGGCUUCCGGCAAUAGCAGCAAUAGCAGCGGUUCCGCGGCCAACAAUCAAUUAACCGCGAGCCAUCCUAAUAACGGUCGCGACCCCAGCAUAAAUCUCACGGCUAAUGGCGAGAAUCAUAUAUCAAUGCUUGGCCAUCAUCACCCACAGUCGUCGUCAGCGAGGGGUUCAGGUGGGGUACCGUCGUCGUCGUCGUCGUCGUCAAGCGAUGCUGUCAAUCAGAGGCCAUCAUCACAACAGCAGCAGCAGCAGCAGCAGCAUCAGCGACAGGAGGAUGGGGGUAGCAAUAGCAAUAAUAAUGGUGUUGGCGGUGGCCAUCAUAAUCACGUUACGGUUAAUAAUGGUGCGGUUAGCAGUGCGUCAAUGGUCAACUCGAGUGGGGGUGGAACGCCCUCACUGGUGCUGAGCUUGUCACAGCUCCAAGGCAACCCGGGCAGCCUCCUGAUCCUAAAUGGCCAACAGCAAUCUUUCGUCUGCCACCCGUCCCAGCAACAGCAGCAGCAACAACAACAACAACAACAACAACACCAUCUUCAGCAACACAAAUCUCUGGCCGAUGGUUCCAAAAAUGGCACCGGAAGCAGCAGUAGCAGUAGCGGUGGUGGCGGCAGCAACACCACCAGUGCCAACAGCAGUAUCAAAAUGGAAAACUCACCGUCCGAUGGAUCGCAGCACAGCAGCGGUCUCAUUCCGAAGCAGGAAAUCAUGGAUUCGUCUUCGUCGCCAUCGCUGAUGGGUGGUCAUCAGGGCCAUCACCAAUCGGGCAUCGGGGGCGGCUCGACGAAGCAGUACGAAAGUAUGUUCGGAGGUUAUUCGGUGAGGCACAGUCCGGGUGGAAAUCGUCACCAUGACAACUUGCCGUUCUUCAACGAAACGCUGGACUUGUCGCAGGAGGAUAUCCAGAAGACGCUGAGCGCCAAUAUGCCACUGGGACAUGUCCAUGGGGGAGGAGCGGUUGGCAAUGCAGGACCGUCGGGAGCUCAGACGGAUGAUGCAAUGAAUGGGGAGAUCAAUCCGAUGGAUUUCAUCGAGAAUUGUGGCGAGAGUCACAAUCCGGUGGACGACGAUGUGUUUGUCAAUUUGGAUGCGUUCGAUAUGCUGGUUGAGUUUCCGGAACUAGAACUAGACGCGAAGAGUGCAUUUUUGAACGGUAGUGAAACGGGUACGGACGCAGGAGGGGAGAUCAACGAUGGGGCUAGUCAUUUGAGUCACUUCAAACUGUCGGCCGAUAGUGGGAUCGUGGUAGGGAACGAGCUGUCGUCGUCGCAUCAUCACCACGCAAACGUGUCGUCGAUUACCGACUUCAGUCCGGAGUGGGCCUACCCGGAGGGUGGAAUUAAGGUGCUAGUUACGGGGCCGUGGAGUACCGCCUCGUCCUAUACAGUAUUAUUCGAUUCGUUUCCGGUGCCGACGACACUGGUCCAGAGUGGAGUGCUGAGGUGCUACUGUCCCGCGCACGAGGUGGGAGUCGUAACGUUGCAGGUCGCCAGCGAUGGCUAUGUGAUAUCGAAUGCGGUCAACUUCGAGUAUAAAUCUCCGCCCAAGUUCGAAACGAAGUGCGAAGGCAACGGAAACGACAUGUUGUACAAGUUCAACCUGCUGACGCGGCUGGAGUCCAUCGACGAGAAGCUGCAGAUUAAGGUCGAACCGGGAGAGCUGCCCGAAGACUCGAUGCUCUUCAAGCAAACCAACUUCGAAGACCGUCUGGUGAGCUACUGCCAGUCGUUGACGGCCAAGAUGUGGCGAUCGGUAACCCCGGGAUCCUGGCUUGGAAAGCACCGGGGAAUGACCCUGCUUCAUCUGGCAUCGGCUUUGGGCUACGCCAAGCUGGUCCGCACCAUGCUGACCUGGAAAACGGAAAAUUCCAACGUCAUUCUCGAGGCCGAAAUAGAUGCGCUCAGUCAAGAUCAGGAGGGAUUCACACCUUUGAUGUGGGCCUGCUCCCGCGGUCACAUCGAAACGGCGAUCGUCCUGUACAAAUGGAAUCAGAAUGCACUGAACGUCAAGAACAGCGUUCAGCAAACUCCAUUGGAGGUGGCCAAGAAUCGAGGUUUCACCGGCCUAGUGGCAGAACUUGAGAAACACGAACUCCAACGACUCCAGAAAAAGAAAUCACAAACAACAACCAGCUCUUCGAUGCCCACGCUGGCAUCCAUCACGUCAUCCUGUUCCACUUCUUCCACAUCUACUUUAUCUACUUUGGCUUCCAGCGCUUCAGCUGAUUCUUCGUCUGUUCCUUCUUCUGCUUCCUUAACGAAUCCUUCCACAACUCUAGCUAACAGUAGCGGUAGUCGCAGAGAUAGUAACAGAUCUGCUACAGCUGAAACGGCUAACGAGCAUAGCAAUAACGAUAAUGACGGUAACAAUCAUCCGGACGUCAGUCCGGAGCAUAACUUCAUCAACGAUCUGUUCAACUACAAUGACGCCCUGAACAGUAGCAACAGUGACAGCUGCAGUAACGACAACUUUGCUCUCUCGUCUUCGUACAAUCCGUCACUUUCACCGGCGGCCAUGUCGCCGUACAGCGAUAUGAAGGGAUCCGGACAGGUCGGGUCUUCAUCAACGGCAACGCUGCACUACGCACUGGAGAACAACAACUCCAAUCCGAUGCUAUCGAAUGCCCUGUCUCCGAACUCGGAUAGUAACCGUAGUCACGAUGGGGUGUUCCUGCGGCCAGGAGCGGUGUUUUCCAGUGGUCAAAGUCCACCCGGUGCUCGACUGUCCAAGCGAUCAUCGAUCGACAGUGGAAUCAACAUGGAGACCAGAUCUUCACUGAGCAAAACUGGCAAGUCUCUACGAGAUGUUCAACGGUUGAACAGAACCGAUCGUAGCAUGUCCCUCCCGCUGGCGUCCGGCUCUGCCGGUGGUCAUUUAUCCCCUUUCGGAGGGUCGUCCAACAACGGAGGAGGUAACUCCAACGGGAAGAUAUCUUCUUCCUCCGGAGGAGGUGGAGCCUCCAAUAGCUCAGACUCGGACAAUUUUUCGCUUUCGUUGAACGAUCGUACCACGGAGUCCUCCUCGCAGGGAUCCAGCAAUCUGAGUAACACAUCUCUGCUUUCGCCGCUGCGAAAAAUGGACUUUUCCCUGUGUGAAGUCUCGGCGGCGGACGGCAGCCCCAUGUGCGAGGACACCGACUCGCUGCAGGAGGAUGAACGACACUCAUCAUCGAAUGCUUCGUCGUCGGCUGCGGCGGCAGUGGCGGAAGCCCUGAUCGGAUCCGUUUCGUCCUUCGGGCAUGGGCAGGGCCACGGGAUGCACCAUCUGCUGCAUCACGGGUCGCAGCUGCUCCAUCAUAUCAAUCACCAGGACGAUGGCGGCGGCGAGGUGGCCUCCGUCGGCGGGGGUAGUGGUGGGACCGGAGUAGGGGAAUCCGAUGCCAAGGUGCUAACGCUUGCAGAACAGAUUAUCGCAGCGAUGCCGGAACGAAUAAAGAACGAAUCGGAGGAAAUCAUGUCCCUGGGCAGUCCAAUGCCGGAAACCCUAAGCGAAGACACAUCCGGGAUGAGCAUCCUGACGGAUUCCUUUAUGGAACCACUGCUCGAUUCUCUGCCUCCGUCUCAGUUCGAAGAAUUCAAUUUUGAAUUCAGCGAUCACAACUAUAGGUACCAUGACGUUGGAACACCCUGCUCCAGCCUAAGUCCUGCAUCGUCCGGGCCUCUGCAGUCACCUGCCAGCUACUCCAUUCCACAGGAUCCCCCGGUAGGCUCUCCGAGCCCACCACCCACUACACAGGAUUUCACCGAAUUCCUGCAGACAACCAACUCGAAUCCAUUCGAAAAGGAUUUCUCCAAUCUCAAACUAACUGAUCGCGAACAACGUGAACUGUACGAAGCGGCCAAGUGCAUUCAGAAGGCAUACCGCUCGUACAAGGGCCGCAAGAGCCGCAUGGAGGAACAGGACAAGGAGCGGUCGGCGGCCGUCGUGAUUCAGAACUACUACCGUCGGUACAAACAGUACGCCUACUACCGGCAGAUGACCCAGGCGGCGGUCAUCAUCCAGAAUGGCUACCGGUCGUACUGCGAGAACAAGCGAUUCAAGAAAUCUCAAUCCAACCAUCCAACCGGUCACAUGGGAGGGGACAGCGCCGAGGAGGCAGCCUCCUCGUCACAGUGUAUACAGAAUUACUAUAAGAAUUUCAAGAACGAACAAAAGCAGCAACAGUCCCCACAGCAGCACCAGCAACAGCAGAACAAUCAUCAGGGUUCGUCCAAGGAACCGAGCCCGUCCGGUCCUCUGAAACGAACUUACUCGCAACGAACUCAGAAUCAAGCGGCCAGGAAAAUUCAGCAAUUUAUGAGACAAUCGAAAAAUAAACUACAGAGAGAACGAGCCGAAAAAGAGAGGCAGGUCCACCAACGCAGGGCGGAGUACCUCCAAAGCUUGCAGUAUCACGGGGUAGCAGCACCCGAGGCACCGCCACCGGGUACCAGCGAUCCAAAGUGAACUAAAGAUAUAGCAGCAGCAGCAGCAGCAGUAGCAUAAUCAAAAUGUGAGCCAUUUCAGGCGAUUCGAGUGAGAGACGAUUUGUUUGGUUCGUUAUUAUUAUUAUUAUUAUUCUGUUCGAAACGGAAUUGGAUUCAAUGAAUUUAAAGUUGAUUUGUUUAUUAUCGAAAUUUAGGUAUGUAAGUAUUUCAUGAAUUUUUGACCAUCGCUUGGUUUUGAUUUUGCCCGUUGUUCGUUAUGUUUGGAAUAUUUCGAGCUUGCGCAGAACGAUGCGAAGCUUGCGUGCAAGCUUGUGUCCAAUCAAAAGUUGCGUAGCAAAGCAUACAAGUUGCAUAGAUUUCGGCGAUUAUAGAUCGUUGGAUAAGGUUGGAUAAUUGAAAAAAGAAAAAUUAAGGGUAGAGUCAGCAAAUGCGGCAAUUGACUAAAAUAAAUCAGAUACCUGACUUUUUAACAUCGGAAGAGAUGAUGUUGAUAAGAAAAAAAAAAUUAACUUGAAUUAAACAAGAGCAAAUUGUGAUUAUUGAACUUUUUCAUUUUUAAAAAAGCAACUAACUAUAUUGUGUAUUUCCUAGUCUACUUCAAGGAGAAGCUGAAAUCGAUAGAUAGAGUAUAACGUAGUUUGAAGGUGAAAAUUUAUGUAAAAGCAGAAUUCAAAGCGGAUAUUUUUAAUAAUGGUAGUCAAAAAACAAAAAAAAAAACCUACGCAAAAGUGAAGGAAUAUUUAUAGACAGAGAGAAAGAGAUACAUUUUUUAUUGCUAAACCAAAUGAACAUGAGAAAUCUAGUUUAAAGGAGAGUAGCGACCCCACAGAAAAAGCGGAAAAUAUUUAAUGAAACUUGAACGUCAAGCCAAGGCCAUUGGUGUGUAAUGGAUAAAAAAUCGCGCAUGGCGGCCUUGACUUAGAUCCGUUACGAGGCGAGAGUAAAACUUGGUAGAGUCGAAGCUAGGAAGGAAGGGGAGAAGCAUAAACCAAUCAAUACAGACGGAGAUAGAGAGCCGGGGUUGUUGAAGGCAUUUGAACGAAGCAAUUUGGGUGGGUGCACUCUUGUGUAAAUACUUGACUUGAUAGACUAAUGUUUAGGACCUAAGAGAAAAAAAAACAGACAGAGAAAUAGAAAAGUUAUUUCACUAAUGAUAGAACUCUUUUUAAUUUUCUAUUUGAUUGUUGGUUUUGUUGUUCUUGAAAAAGUAUAUUAUCGUAGGAAAAAGUAGAGAAUAUCAUUGUCAAACGAAAUGAUACUGUUUAUCUCUUCACAUAAUAAGAGCAAUUCGAGCGAAAUAUUGAUGAAUUUCGAACAUCAAGCUUAGAUCCAACGAUUUGGGUUGCGCGCAGACUAAGAAUUAUCAGAAAAAAAUGCAGUAUAUUAAACAAACAGAAACAACAAUGAUUUAUUUACUAGAAGACGAGCGUCCAUCUUAUGACUUUGAAGACUUGUGAGAGAUUAAAAGAUGCAAAACAGCAAAAAAACAUCACUAGGACAAAACGCAUACAUUAAAAGAAUACAAACAAAAAAGUUCAUCAAUAUUUCUAAGAACUAAAAGAGAUAGAAGCAGAAGCAAGUUUACUAAAAUACAUCCAUUUUAUUCUAAUCUAAGAUAUUUAAAAAAAAACAACAAAAAUGACUACCCCGCAUUCAAGUGAAUCAACUACAUAGAGAAACUUUGAUAGAUGACAAAUGAUAGGAUGAAACACACAUACACACCCACACAUUUGAGGAAAUCUCUUAUUGUUCGAAAGUAAACUUAAAGAAUCCAUUGAAACAAAAAGAAAAACGCAUAAUCUUUAAUCAAAAAAAAAGUUAAUAAUUAAUGUUCAUGUAGAACAUCAGGUACCGUGAGUGAAGAAAGUUUAUUUAAUCCAACUUAAAACUGACACACUACACACACAUACACAAACCAUUCUGCAUUCGCAUUAUAAUCUCUAACUAAAAACUAUGUAUUUAGGGAAGGAGACAUACACCGACACACACUCACACACCUAAAACUACACACUUUUUCGAUACCACUAUUUGCUACCGUGUAAGACAUGUAGUUGUUAGGAAACCGACGCGCUACAGUGGGAAAAAGUUACGGAAACAGUUAUACCGAUAGAAUGUUUACCAUUUAUAGGGAAAAAAAAUAAGCAGGUUUAGGUUAGUUCCGAUCAAUCACCCCUCUCUUGCAAUCGCGUACUCACAAAAAGGAAGACACUCAUUUUAGUAGAACAUUGGUUGACAGUGCAUGGUUAGUGAGAAUUGCAUGUUCGGUAUACGGCACAAAAAAACAAAGCAGAAUUGUUCAUAGAUUUUUGCAUGUUUUUUUGUCGCAUACUGUAGCUACUUGGAUGCCACGUUGAAAAGAUAAUGCUAUAAUAGAUUAAUAGUACUGUUGAUAUUUGCAACAGAUGUCGCAGGUAGAAAAAGUUUACGGCGAUUUAUUUUGUAUGCAGAUAUCAGCAAAAAUAUUGAUUUUAACGACAUUAGAUAAUUUUUUGAA